GUUUUACUCAUUUUUGUUCGUAGGACUGUCCGCUGCAGCUGUGGUGGGAGCGGAGUGAACUCAGGAGAAAAUUACAGGGACAGAAAGAACAACGCACACUUGGGAUAGUACCACGGCAUUACGCGGAUUUAACGGUUUUGCUCCAUUGUUUAACAACAGGAGACAAAGAUGACUAUGCAAAUGGGGGAGCGUGAUGGCAUGGUGAAAGUGUCAGAGUGGCAGCAGACCAUGUACAGCACAGACUCUGGAAUCCAGUCCGGAGCCACCACCGUGAGGGACGACGAUAGCUCCGACUACGCCACCAGCAAGCAUUACACCCUCACCACAACUGUGACCAGCCAGGACCCAGCUGAUCUAGAUGCUCAGUAUGCUCUCACCAGGACCCAGCGGAUCCGAGCAGCCAUGUUUCCUGAGACCCUAGAGGAGGGCACCAAGAUCCUGUCCACUCAGACCGACCCGUCCCAGAUGACCAAUGUCCAGAGACUCGCCGAGCCCUCCCAGAUGUUAAAAACUGCCAUCAUCCACCUUAUCAACUACCAGGACGACGCCGAGCUGGCCACACGCGCUAUACCUGAGCUCACCAAACUGCUCAAUGAUGAAGACCAGGUUGUGGUCAGUAAGGCAGCCCAGAUUGUGAACCAGCUGACCCGUAAAGAGGCGUCUCGGCGUGCCCUGAUGCAGUCUCCACAGAUGGUGGCCGCCGUGGUGAGGGCCAUGCAAAACACCAGUGAUAUGGAGACGGCCCGGGCCACUGCCAGCAUCCUUCACAACCUGUCCCACCAAAGAGAGGGUCUGCUGUCCAUCUUCAAGUCUGGAGGCAUCCCUGCUUUAGUGCGCAUGCUCAGCUCCCCCAUGGAGUCUGUGCUCUUCUAUGCCAUCACCACACUCCACAACCUGCUGCUGCACCAGGAGGGAGCCAAGAUGGCCGUACGUCUGGCCGAUGGGCUGCAGAGGAUGGUGCCCCUUUUGAAGAAGAGCAACCCCAAGUUCUUGGCCAUCACCACAGAUUGUCUGCAACUGCUGUCUUACGGCAACCAGGAGAGCAAGCUCAUCAUCUUGGCUAAUGGGGGUCCUGAAGGUCUGGUACACAUCAUGAGAACCUACAACUAUGAGAAACUGCUGUGGACCACAAGCAGAGUACUCAAAGUUCUCUCUGUUUGCCCCAGCAACAAACCCGCUAUAGUGGAGGCUGGUGGGAUGCAGGCUUUGGGGAAACACCUCACUGGGGGCAGUCAGCGUUUGAUGCAGAACUGCCUGUGGACCCUCAGAAACCUCUCAGACGCUGCUACCAGACAGGAGGGCAUGGACAGCCUCCUCCAGACAUUGGUUGGUCUUCUCAGCUCCGACGACAUCAACAUGCUCACCUGUGCUACCGGCAUCCUGUCCAACCUCACCUGCAACAACGCCCACAACAAGAGCCUGGUCACUCAAAGCAAUGGAGUUGAAGCUCUGAUCCACGCCAUCCUGAGAGCUGGAGAGAAGGAGGAUGUGACCGAGCCCGCCGUGUGCGCCCUCCGCCACCUCACAUCCAGACACCAGCAUGCAGAGCUCGCCCAAAACGCAGUUCGGAGACACUAUGGCAUCCCCGCCAUCGUCAAACUGCUCAACCAGCCCUACUACUGGCCUGUCAUCAAGGCAGCAGUUGGCUUGAUCCGUAACCUGGCCCUUUGUCAAGAGAACCAGGCCCCUCUGAGAGAUGCGGGCGCCGUCCCACGUCUGGUCAACCUCCUGCUCAAAGCCCACCAGGACGCUCAGAAACAUGACUCCUCCAGCGCGCAGACAUACCAGGAUGGAGUGAGAAUGGAGGAGAUUGUGGAGGGAUGCACUGGAGCUCUGCACAUACUCGCCAGAGACCCAAUCAACAGAGCAGAGAUCGCUAACCUCCAGGCCAUUCCUCUGUUUGUCCAGCUGCUGUACUCUCCAGUGGACAAUGUGAAGCGGGUGGCGGCUGGUGUUCUAUGUGAACUGGCUCUGGACAAACCAUCUGCAGAGAUCAUCGACAGUGAGGGUGCCUCCGCUCCUCUCAUGGAGCUGCUGCACUCCAACAACGAGGGCAUCGCUACUUACGCUGCAGCAGUGCUUUUCCGUAUCUCUGAAGACAAGAACUCUGAUUACAAGAAGCGUGUGUCUGUGGAGCUCACGCACUCGCUGUUCAAACACGACCCUGCUGCCUGGGAAAUGGCUCAUAAUUCUCUCCCCAUGGAUGGCGCGUAUCCAGACGAGCUGGAUGCAGGUGGUUUUCAAGGUUAUGGAUACGGAGGUGACAUUCCCAUGGACGGUAUGGACGGCAACAUGAUGCACGAUGAAUACGGUGGCACUAUGCAAUACGAGAGACAAGGGUUCCAUGAAUAUUAAAGAUCUGGAAGAAGCAGACGUCCAACAAGCUGACGAACUGGGACAAAAAAGAGGAUUUAUGUCAGUAGAGCUGUUGACUCUGCUCUGCUUAGUGUAAUAUAUGCAAUUCUCUCCGAGUACGGGAAUCUUACAGGGCUAAUCUGUGUUUUAUAGCCGCACUUUGCUGAUUUUAAUGACAGUAAUGCUUGUAGGUUGAGAGCCUUUUAAGAGUGCAUGUGUAUGUAUGUGUGACAAUGCUUUCGGGUGGGUGUUCUAUGCCAAAGAAAUUUUAUUUUGUGACUAUAAUAAUCCUAUAGCUUCCUUCUUUUUUAUAUGAAAUGAAAGUUAGUGAAAGAGACACUGCCGGAGGGGGCUCAGAAGUGUACACGCUUUGUUCUUCUCAAUGCUUUUGUAACACACUGUUGUCUAUCAUGUAGUUUUGACACUAGUUUGGUACAGAUCAGUAGAAAUACUCAUCCAAAAACAUAUAUUAAAAAAGGGCCAAAUCAGUCUUUACUCUAAUCACCUUUCUAAUAUGUGUGGCAUUUUAAAGCUAGUAUACAUCACAUUGAAAUCGUAUACACACUGUGGCAAUGACCACGUUUGUAAAAGGUUAAGUGAUUAUAUGGAAAAUGCCUGGGUUGGCCCUACAAAACUACUGACUGGGAAAAUUGUCUUUCUACCUAAUAAGAGUUUUUACUGAAAUGUGGUUAAUAAAAUAAAGGUUAUAUUAAACA